AUGACAGCCUGUCAGCCCAAAAUCCCCGUGCUCUUGCUUAAAACCAAGUCGGCCCCAGGGGAUUCGUAUCAGGACAUCUUCUCCGGAAAACAACCAGACGGCCAUCCAGGAUUUGAGCCACAUUUUGUCCCAGUUCUACAGCACCAAUUCUUGGACGAUGGCAUGCUUCAAGUCGGCGGAUUGUUGCAGUCCCGUCAGAUAGGCACGGGCAAAGAAUGUAAAUAUGGAGGGCUCAUCUUCACAUCUCAACGGGCUGUAGAAGCGUUUGCAAAACUCGUCGAAGACGGCAAAGCCAAGGACGAGGACGACUGGCCACAUCUAUCGAAUGUGCCCGUAUACAGUGUCGGGCCUUCUACCACUAGAGCACUCAAGGCUGUCUCUCAACACCCGUCUCUGCAGAUCUUUGGUGAGCAUACCGGCAAUGGUGAGGCUCUGGCCUUGUUCAUACAGGAGCACUACACCAGCUGGUACAGCGGUCGUGCAACCCUGCCACCUUUGCUUUUCCUCGUUGGCGAGCAGCGGCGCGACAUCAUACCGAAGACCCUCAUGAAUCCAUCCCUGGCUGCAGACAAGAGGAUAGAGGUUACUGAGACCAUCGUAUAUGGUACUGGGGUCAUGGAAACGUUUCCGGCCGACUUUGCAACCAUCCUAAGCAAGACAGGCGGCACGGAAAGGUGGGUGGUUGUCUUUUCUCCGACUGGAUGCGACAGCAUGUUACGAGGACUUGGUCUGCUGGAUGACAACAAUCGAGUGCUGGCGGAGCGGAAGCACGUCCAGCCAGACAACGGACCCCAAACAUACAUCGCGACAAUUGGACCAACGACAAGAGACUUCCUGCAAACUGAGUUCGGCUAUGUGCCGGACGUCUGCGCAGCGAAGCCAAGCCCCGAAGGCGUCCUAUCUGGGAUUGUGGAAUUCGAUAGCAGGCAGUAA